UCCGUGCCACGCGGAGACAUACCCACACUAGUAAGUUGAUCCAUAAUUUCCAUACCCAACCAAGCAAAACCCACCCUUUAAAUAUUUCAGCCCAAACCGGGUGUGUGACUACCAGUAGUCUAACGCAAAAAGACGCAUGAUGACUACCGUGGCGCUGAAACUCGUCUUGGCGGCUAUGCUCGCGCUUAGCCCCGCCGCCGCGGCUAGCGAGGCAUCGGUAGUUCUCGAUGUCGAAAAAAAGCCUGACAAGCCUAUAGAAGUGGUAAUGCUGGAGGAGGAAGCGGCUAAGAAGAAGAAGGAAGAAGAGACCGUCGUGGAAAAUUCGGCUUGGAACGAAGACUGGUCGGAAGACAUUGUGGAGAAAGCAGUGAUGAAGGUUCUAAAGGAGCUAAAAUACACUACAAGCGAGAACACCCAAGACAGCAGGGCUCUUCAAGAGACACGCGCUGUAGAUUGCCCGGAUGCUGACCCGACCUUGACCCCGUGGAACCCGGACCAUGACGAGGCGGCGCGGGUGGUUGUGGGGCGGGGACAGAACUUCCUGCUGCAGUCAUCGGCGUCAUUCCACUCCCUGGAAAUCAAAGACGGAGGUCGGGUUGUAUUUGCUGACCUUGGCCUGUCCAGUGAUACAGAGAUCGUCCUAAGAUCACGUGAGAUCCUCGUCAGCGCUGAUGGAGAGUUCCACAUCGGCAGUGAGGCCUGUCCGUACCAGGGGAGCGCCACGGUGGCCCUGUACGGCCGCUCGGUCGACAGGAACAACAACAAACAGUUCCUGGUGCUGGAGGGUGGCACGCUGGAGGUCCACGGGAAACACAAGCUGGGCUGGACACAACUGAGCCAGACUGUGCCAGCAGGAGGGCUACCUAAGGGAACCUACGUUUGGGACUCUGCGCCUGCCCGGCCCCGUGGUAUUCACGUGCGAGUCUUUGACGAGAUCUCCGGGACCCACCUCAGUACAGAAAGGUUUGACACUCAGGUCAACGAAGCAGAAAGCCUGCGCUUGGCGGCCUUCAUCGACCAGGUCCCCGCCGGGAAAGUCGUGGCACUGGCGGUAGUGAACACAGCAAAUGGCAAACUAGAGGCCACGGCAAAACAGAAGAUUGGGGAACUUGGAAGUGUUGAAGUGGAAACACUAGGGAGGAGACAACCAUGGGCGAUGGUUAGUGUAAAAGAUGAUCCCAGUGUUGCUGUGGAACAGAGACUCCCAUACAUAGAUGACCAGACUACAGGAACAGCUACCGCUGCGGUCACUCUUCAGUCUUUCUUUGGCUCUUUCAAGGUCACGGCGACAAGUGAAUGGCUCGGAGGAAGUCCCAAAUGCAGAUUUACUGUGGACGGCGUUGGCAACGAGAUGGUUAUCAAUCUAAAAGAUGACGUCAGCUCGUGGGAGCCCGGUGACCACAUCGUGCUGGCCAGUACGGACUACGACAUGGAGCAGGCGGAGGAGUUUGAGCUUCUGCCGUGUGAGGAGUGCUCAACUCGACAGGUCAAAAUUAACGGACGAGCCAAGUACACACAUUUUGGUGAGGUUGCAGAUGAUGUGGACCUGCGUGGGGAGGUGGGCCUGCUGACGAGAAACGUGAAGUUCCUGAGUGAGAUGGAAGACGGUUGCUAUGGAGACAACUUCUGUCAGUUCUUUGAUUACGACACCUAUGGAGGACAUCUAAAGGUUCUAGCGGGUUUCAAGAACGUACAUCUGUCAGGAGCUGAGUUCACGCGCAUGGGUCGUCUUGUUCUGGGCACCUAUCCUGUCCACUUCCACCUGGCCGGAGACGUGGACGAGGCCGGAGGCUACAGCCGGCCCACCUAUGUCCGAGACCUGUCCAUCCACCACUGCUUCUCCCGCUGUGUCACCAUACAUGGCACCCACGGGCUACUGGUCCAGGACACUGUAGGGUACGACACGCUGGGCCACUGCUACUUCCUAGAGGAUGGGAACGAGCAGCGGAACGUGCUGGACCACAACCUGGGUCUGGUGACCCGCCCGGGCACUUUACUGCCUUCUGAUCGGGAUGAAAACAUGUGCCUCCGAAUGACAGAUGCCGUGUACGGAGACUACGUACCUGACGCGAAUAAAGAGUGCACGGGCGUGUCCACUUUCUGGAUCGCUCAUCCAAACAACGUGCUUACGAACAACUCCGCCGCCGGCUCUGCUGAGGUUGGCAUUUGGUACAUCUUCCACGAUGAGCCAACCGGGCCGUCUGCAGGGUCGCUGCCGUUCAAACAAGCCGAACGGACUCCGUUAGGACGGUUCUACAACAACAGGGUACACUCCAAUUCAGACCGUGGUUUGAUGAUAGACGAUCGCGUGAAGACCACACCGGCGUCAGCAGCAGCUCCACAGGAGUUUCUGGCUUUGGGACAAGGACAAGGAUAUUAUCCCCACGAGAACGCUGAUCUGGAGCAGCCACGUGUACCCGCCAUGAUUGAAGGGCUGAUCGCCUACAAGAACCAAGCCGGGGCCUGGAUCAGGGGCGGGGACAUCUGGCAAAAUAAGUGCGCCUUUGUUGACAAUGGUGUUGGCAUAACGAUGGCAAGUUCGGGAUUUUUCCCCAAAGACGUCGGCGGAACUCAGCAGAUCUGGAACAGCAUUUUCGUGGGAGAGAGCGCAAACGUCGGUACAAACACUGGGGCUUCUGCGUGGGGCAUGGGAGGGGUCGAGGCUGUGGAGAGAAGUUUUCCGAGCCAAACGUCAUUCCCGAUGCGAGGCCUUGACAUCUAUGACGGCCCCACCAUAGCCCGGAGCUGCACGUUUAAGAAGUACGCCUCUGCGCCGGAGCACGACCGCUACAGCAGCGCCAUCGGCUGGCGGCUCACUAAUGACUGGCACAUGACACCCAAAAACAACGUCACGGACCUGAAGUUUGAAAAUGUAAAAACCCGUGUUUUUACUACCGGUGAAGACGUACCCUUUAUGUCGACCGACAAAGAUGGUGACAAGAACCAGAUUGUUCACGACCUGGACGGGACCGUGACGGGCUAUCCGGACACUUACGUGGUCAGGCAGGACAACCACCUGGUCAGGAACCCCGGAUGUGUGGACAAACCGGACUGGCACGCGAGUAUCUGUAGCGGAGAGUUUGCUCAGGUGCUUCUAUCCGCCAAGCCGGCGCUGUCCCGGACCAUGACUAUAGUCCGUGAUGAGUACCCGGAUCAUCCCAUGACCAUGUCAGGGGCACAACGUCUCACAACCAAGUUUUACCAGCCCGUGGUGGCGCUAGAACAGUCAUACACCAUCCACUGGGACACACGGGCUCCAGAAGAAGUCACAAUCUAUCUUUUCAACUUUGAUAGCGGAGAGUGGGUCCGACUGGGGCUGUGCUACCCUCCAGGAACAACGUUCGAAAUCAAGUACCAACUAGAAGGGCGAGUCAGGAAGAAGGUGACGUACGAGGAGGACAUAUCGGCCGUGUCCACUCUCACCGACGUGGAGGAUGGCGGCGGCAAACUCUUCUAUUUUGAGGAAAGUACCGGAAGACAAUAUUUUGUAUUGCCCAGGUUAUUGUUCCUGAAGCUCCGUGCUAACGAGGUCCGUAGUGGGGAUGACUACUGCUCGGAUGUGGGCUGUGAGCGGGUCUUUGUCACGGCCACCAUGAAAGGUGACCAGGUCAGCGACUGUAGAGCCUCAGCCUACCCGAAAUACAGCCUGACUCCCACACAACCCUUCCCCAUGCCGAGCUUCAGUCUGGAUGUCAGCGACUGUGUAGACUGCGGUGCUCAGGAGCCCAUCAUCUUUGACCCUAGCCUGCGGUUCCUGGAUGUAACAGUGGUGUCAGCUGGUUGGGACGAGACCCGGCAAGGCCAUAAAACAUUUAUCGAGAUAAAUGGUGUCCGUUAUAACCCCCGCAGAGGGUACUUCAUCCUUGCCGUUGACGCAGUUUCCGGUUCCGUUACCCAUCAGGCUAAUUUCGACACGCACCGAAGCGCAGAGAACGACGUCGCCAUGGCCAACUUCCUUCGCAAUGAACUUCCGCAAAAUUCCAUAGUGGUGGUGACAGUGCGGGUCCGCGCUAGUCGGUUUGCCCAGGAGGGUCCGGCAGUCCUGAAGGAGUUCGGUGCAACAGGGCCUGUCGAAGUUGAAGACAAAGGUAAUUUUGCGAUGGUUGGAUUCAAGGGGACUGUGUGGCCCAGCUGGGUCCGGGAGGUUAACCUGCCGCCCGGUCAGGGACCUGCCCGGAUCGAAGCCGAGAUUCCCCUCAUGGGGUAAGACCGGUCAACAUAGAGGAACCACGGCAGCGAUG